AUGACGAAGUGGACCUCCUUCAGGGCCAAUGAGCCCUCAAAACCUGCAACCCAGUGGUGCUCCUUUAGGCACAGGCGGCGCUUGACCCUCCCAUUCAGUGGCUGCCUUGGUGGGGCCCUGGAUGUAGGGUCAGGCUCUGGCUCCAGCCGACCAAUCAGGAAAACAGACUGGGGAUUGUCAGCAUCCUGGCCCAGGGCCAGACGCCUUCCAGCCCUAAAGGACCGUGCCUCUGUCCCUGCCCCCAAUGACACUCUCCCCAAUUCGUCGGACCUGAGCGCUGGCCACACCUGUAAAACUUCGGACUUCUCCCAAAGAGGAGCAGACCCCAGUGGGUCAUCAGGGGCAGGGGGGAGUCCAAAGAUCCAGGGGACCCCCCAGGCCCACAACGCCAGUUCCUCAGGGAUGACCGCAGGGAGGGUCAACCCUUAUAGUAUAGUGUCCUCCGAAGAAGACGGACUGCAUCUAGCCACGAUGCCAGGAGCCAAUGGCUUUGGCAAUGGCAAGAUCCACACUCGUAGGAAAUGUCGCAACCGCUUUGUCAAAAAGAAUGGUCAGUGCAACAUCGAGUUUGCCAACAUGGACGACAAGUCUCAAAGGUACCUGGCUGACAUGUUCACCACCUGCGUUGAUAUCCGGUGGAGGUACAUGCUCUUGAUCUUCUCUCUCGCCUUCCUGGUCUCCUGGUUGCUCUUUGGGGUGAUUUUCUGGGUCAUUGCUAUUGUGCACGGGGACCUAGAGAGAUCCCCGGAUGAGAGGAACUACAAGCCCUGCAUCCUUCAGGUGCACGGCUUCAUGGCCGCCUUCCUGUUCUCCAUCGAGACGCAGACGACCAUCGGCUACGGCCUCCGCUGCGUGACGGAGGAGUGCCCCAUCGCCGUGUUCAUGGUGGUGGUGCAGUCCAUCGUCGGCUGCAUCAUAGACUCCUUCAUGAUUGGGGCCAUCAUGGCCAAGAUGGCCAGGCCCAAGAAACGAGCCCAGACCUUGCUCUUCAGCCACAACGCAGUGGUGGCCAUGAGAGACGGGAAGCUUUGCCUUAUGUGGCGGGUGGGGAACCUGAGGAAGAGUCACAUUGUGGAGGCUCACGUCAGAGCCCAGCUGAUCAAGCCCAGGGUCACCGAGGAAGGGGAGUACAUCCCCCUCGACCAGAUUGACAUCGACGUGGGCUUUGACAAAGGCCUGGACCGCAUCUUUUUGGUGUCUCCCAUUACCAUCCUCCACGAGAUCGAUGAGGAGAGCCCACUGUUUGGCAUCAGCAGGCAGGACUUGGAAACGGAUGACUUUGAGAUCGUGGUGAUCUUGGAAGGGAUGGUGGAGGCCACCGCCAUGACCACGCAGGCCAGGAGUUCCUACCUGGCCAACGAGAUCCUCUGGGGUCACAGGUUCGAGCCCGUCCUGUUCGAGGAGAAAAACCAAUAUAAGAUCGACUAUUCUCACUUCCACAAAACCUACGAGGUCCCAUCCACCCCCCGCUGCAGUGCCAAGGACUUGGUAGAAAAUAAGUUUUUGCUCCCAAACACCAACUCCUUUUGCUAUGAGAACGAACUGGCUUUCAUGAGUCGGGACGAAGACGAUGAAGAAGAUGACGACAGUCGAGGUCUGGAUGACCUGAGCCCCGAAAACAGACACGAGUUUGAUAGACUUCAGGCCACAAUCGCCCUCGAUCAGAGAUCCUACAGGAGGGAGUCAGAAAUCUGACCCCUGUCGGUCCACUCUCUUCUUCUGCUCUUUUCCCCUACAGUCCACCCAGGUUUAUGCAGAACAAUGUUAAGUGCCAUAGGGAUGGUUGAAGACUUUAGUAGUGUCUUAGUAUUUUCACAUGUUUCAUCGCAAUAACCUUGGACGGGUUGGCAGGGAGAGGGAUAGGAAGUCACCUGAGGGAUCAGACUUCCAGCCCUAGCUGGUUGGAGGGGCUUUCUCCAAGGGUCAGUCAGUGGGCCCAGAAGGGGAAGGGUCAUGCCCCCAGGGGCUGGACAGGGGCCUCGUCCAGCGGCCAGGGCUUUUCCCUUGGAUGUCUGGUAAGAUAGCAAAUAGCUCCUUAAUGUCAAAGGUUACAAAGAAUCUGAAUGUUGCGCAACCUGGAACCUAAUCAGGUUGGAAUGGACUGAAAAUUUAACCUUAUGCCUGGCCAGGAGACACAGUUGAGCUUGCCUGGGGAUGGCAGCUGGGUAGGUACAAUGCUGCACACUGGUUUUUAACUUAAGGGGGAGACAUCAGGUUUUUAAUUUUUCAAUUUAGUGCUGGUGAGACUGUUUACAAAAAAAAAAAGAAAAUACAUAUAUAUUAAAUUAAAAUAUAAUUCCAAAAAAAGAACAUUUUUUAAUUUAAAAAGAAAAUAAUAAAACAGAACAAUCGAACAGAACUUCCCUUCCCUCCAAUGGAAUGGAACAGCCAAAAGGAGGCCCCGGCAUCAGGAUGAAGGGAGUCGGGGACACACUAGGAGACUUCCUGGGGCUAGAACUGUCUCUUUUUAUCCUGAGAAGGCUCCAUCUAUCCCAGGGAAGUGGACACCAGUUCCCAACUGUGGUGUCGGCAACAGCAAGCACAAUUAUUUACACCAUAGCUCAUGUUGCUCAUAAGGAAAUUUAGAUUCCAUUUGUAAUAGAAAAGCAAAACUAUAUUAAUAACAAUAUUAAAAAUUAAAAAGAAUGGUUUGGGGGGGUGGGCAGGGUCAAGGGAGGGGUUUGGUCUAAGAUCUCUUUGCACCUUACAGGUACAUUUCAGUGUGAAUCAUACCCUAGUUAAACCCAUCCCCCUUCACGUGGUUUGGAGGCCACUGUUUAUUGUUUCCCCGAGCCUUUGGAAAUGGUAGACUUGCAUCGAUGGGUUUGGGUUUUGUAUUUUUUUUAAUUAUUUCUUAAUUCAACCACCCAACUCUCUGAACCCCAAGAAAUCAAUGUUGCAUUUCGCACUGAGCAAAAAUAGGUCAUUGUUUACUCUGUCUUGGUCUCCUGAUUUGCAUUGUUAGGUGUUAUUUUUUUCUUAAUUCAGUCACCCAAUUCUCUGAACCCCAAGAAAUCAACAUUACAUUUCACACUGAGCAAAAGUAGGUUUUUGCUUACUCUCUCUUGGUGUCCUGAUUUGCACUGUUGGGUUUGGGGUUUGUAUUUUAACAUUUUUUUCUUAAUUCAACCUCCCAUCUCUCUGAACCCCAAGAAAUCAACGUUGCAUUUUGAGCUAAACUAAAGUAGGUUGUUGCUUACUCUGCCUUGGUCUCCCGAGAUAGUGUGAUAUAACAGGAGGAAUCCUAGAAAAGGAGUCUGUAGACCUCUGACACUAACCAGGUGUGUGACUGGGCAAAUCACUUAAUCUCUCGGAACCACCUUUCCUCAGUCUGUAGAACGAGGAGGCUAGAUUGGUAAAUCUUCCCUGCUCUCGUCUAACUCUAAAAUCCUAUGAUCUUUCUUUAACAAUUGGCAGUUUGGAGAUUUACGAAUUGCCACCCCGAUAAGUCAUGCCAUGUGCAGAGGUGUGUCUGUCAAGUUUCCCAGUUAGCAGAAGGAAAACCAGGAAGAAAAUUGGCAAAAUGAAAAAAGCACACUCUGACUCCAACCAUCUUCACCCUCCGGGCACUUUGAAGUGGGCCGUGCCUUAGAGACACAAAAUUGUCCUGCUGAAGUUUCUUUUUCCCUAAUCACGAUUCAACCUUUUCAAAUGUUCCAUGCUGCACCUCGUUUUUUAAAAAUCUCAUUCUUUCUCCUCUGCCACCCUUUUUGGAUCCUAUCUUCUUGGCUAAGACAGUGGUGAUGAGAAACCAGCAAGCAGGCCACACACACAUAGUACCUGCCUGCCCCCUACUUUGGAGGAUGUUGGUGGAGAGGGACAGGUCCAGAUGUCCAUUGUGAUACUGGAGACCUGCCGUCCCAUCUUCUUUCUACUCCAGAAUGCUGGCUAUUUUAGGGAAGAAAAAAAAAAGCAGAAGGGCAGGGAGGAUGUAGGCUAUUCUCUGCCCCUCUCCUGGAUGUCCUGGAAGAGGCAUUAUCCUCCAUUACAAAGUAGAAAGAAAAGGAACUUAGAAAGAGUAGAGUUAGACUGGGCAUCCCUAAGCAGCCUAAGUCAGGUGGUGUCAUCCAGGGUUUAUCAGAGGGUAGCAAGUCACCUGGUUCAAUAGAAAGAGAAUCGGAUUUGGAUUCAGAGGCGCUGAGUUCAAAUCCUGAUCUUGCCACUUGUCUAUGUGAUUUUGGGUAAAUCACUUCACCAAUGGGGGCCUAGGUUUUCUCAUCUGUAAAAUGAGGAAGUUGGAUGAGCUGGCCUCUGAGAUCCCAUCCAGCCCUAAAACCCAUUUCCCUAAAACAUUCCUUAUAGCCUCCUGCUAAUUCUCUCUGUUCCCUGCCCUGUAGCAGCCCACCCUUCCCUGAGAGUGUUUGUAUGUCAUUUAAAAGGGGAACACAAGAAGAAAGCAACUCGUAGCCCAAGGGAAUGGAUUUCUAGUAGAAUUUGGAGCCCUGUGGAUGGA